AUGGCCUACUCCGAGCCCUCACAGGCGCUCCUCAACUAUCACCCCGACUACGAUGCCAACAUCAACAGCCAAAUCCAACUGCAGUUGUACACCUCCUACGUGUACCUAUCUGUGGCGUUCUUCUGCGAUCGCCACGACAUGGCCUUGCAGCACUUCGCCAGUUUCUCCCUGAGCCGCUCCCAAGAGUGGAAGGUCUGCGCCAAGAAGCUGCUGGAGCUGCAGAACCAGCGCGACGGUGGUGUUCGCCUCCACGAAACCACCAAGCCCGGCCACGACGACUGGCACAGCGGCCUCCAGGCCAUGGAGUGCGCCUUCCACCUGGAGAAGAGCCUCAACCGGGGCCUCCUGGAGCUGCACCACCUGGCCGCCGAGAGGGGCGACCCCCACCUCUGCCAGUUCCUGCAGCGCCACUAUCUGCACCAGCAGGUCCUCAUCAUCCGCGAGCUGGCCGGCUACCUGACCAACCUGCGCAGGAUUCAGGCCCUGGAAGACCCCAUGGCCGAGAUCCUCUUUGACAGGCUCACCCUGGGCCGCAGCUACAAGGACGACUGA